UAAAACCAACAUAAAGUAGGAAUACCAAAUAGGAUACUAUACUGUACCGUUUUAUAUUUGCCCUGCUUACCACCGGGCAUGUUCUCUGUUUAUCGGGCCAAUGGCUUAUCUAAAGCCUUUAAGCCUGUAUUUUCGGAAAUCUGUUCAAGAUGUUUCCACAUUUCAAAGAACAAUUUGCAACCUCUUGGAGUGCCUUUCGUAAUUGAGCAAACUGGAAGAGGGGAACGAACUUAUGAUAUUUAUUCACGGCUUCUAAAAGAAAGAAUAGUUUGUCUUAUGGCACCGGUAGAUGAUUUUGUGUCCGGUCUGAUUGUAGCCCAGCUCUUAUUUCUGCAAUCUGAGAGCCCACAGAAGCCAAUCAAUAUGUACAUUAAUACACCAGGUGGUACUGUCACUUCAGGCCUUGCAAUAUAUGACACAAUGCAGUUGAUUAAAUGUCCUGUUUCAACAUGGGUUGUAGGACAAGCCAGCAGCAUGGGCUCACUGCUGCUUGCAGCUGGUGAACCUGGCAUGCGAAAUGCACUGCCUAACUCCCGUAUAAUGGUCCAUCAACCUUUAGGUGGUGCUAGUGGACAAGCUUCUGAUAUUGUUAUUCAAGCGAAUGAAAUUAAGAAGGUCAAGGAAAAAUUGAAUAAGUUGUAUGUACAACAUACUGGCCAGGAAUAUGAAGUUAUAGAAAAAGCCCUAGAUAGAGACAACUUUAUGGACCCGUAUGAAGCUAAAUUAUUUGGACUUAUUGAUAAUGUUCUUGAGCCUACAAGCGAGAACGCUACUUCCUCUUGAUAGCAAAACAUGACUUUUGUUGCGGAAAUUCUUCCGCCAUAGUGAAACUUUUCAGCGUUUUUUUUUCUUUCUUCGUUUCGUGAAACAUUUUAGUCUGCCGUUUGCUGAGUUUCGCCAAACUUUGUUUGCAUUUUAGUCAUUCCACUUGUUCAUUAUAAACAGGGUUAGUAAAUGGAUUACACAGAAAAUGUUCUACAAA